AUGAAGAUUACCGCCGCUGUUGGCCUCGGCCUCGCCGCCGUCGCUGCAGCGAGCAGCUACCACUCCGACUCGCACGACCACUACGUCCUGCAUCUCGACCCCGAGGCCAGUCCAGAUCAAGUCGCCUCGAGGUUAGGCCUUGCAUACGACGGCCAGUUUGGCGAGCUCAAGGACCACCAUGUCUUCAAGGGGGCCAAGACUGAGCACGACGUCGUCAGCUCAGAACUGAAGGCGAGGAGGCGGCGCAAGAGGGCCCUGGACGACCACGACCCCCUUGACGGCGUCUUGUUCUCCGACAAGCAACAGUUGCGGGCUCCUUGGGAGAAGAGGAUAAUACCAAAGCCCUUGGGGCCUGUCUUUGAGGAGCGCGCAAGCGGUGACACAAGCGACCCGGCCUUGUUGGCCGCUCAGCAGUCCGUCGCCACCACCCUCGGAAUCUCAGACCCAAUAUUCGCUGAGCAGUGGCAUCUCAUGAACAUUGUCCAGGCCGGCCAUGACGUCAAUAUCUCUGGCGUUUGGUUGCAGGGAAUCACGGGCAAGAACGCCACCGUGGCCAUCGUGGACGACGGUCUCGACAUGCACAGCAACGACUUGAAGGACAACUUCUACGCCCAGGGCUCGUACGAUUUCAACGACAAGACCGACCUGCCUGAGCCCCGCCUGUCGGACGACAAGCAUGGGACUCGUUGUGGCGGAGAAGUAUCGGCAGUCAAAAAUGAUGUCUGCGGUGUCGGUGCCGCGUAUGAUUCCCGCAUCGCUGGCUUGCGUAUCCUGUCCAAGAUGAUUACGGACGCUGAUGAGGCUGUUGCGAUGAACUACGACUUCGCACACAACGACAUAUACUCCUGCUCCUGGGGGCCUCCUGAUGAUGGGCGGUCCAUGGAUGCCCCCGGGGUUUUGAUUCGGCGCGCCAUGGUCAACGCCGUUCAGGAGGGUCGGAAUGGUCUCGGGAACAUUUACGUCUUCGCGAGUGGCAAUGGAGCGGCCAGUGACGACAACUGCAACUUCGAUGGGUACACAAACAGCAUAUACAGCAUAACGGUCGGUGCUAUUGACCGCAAGGGACAGCACCCCUACUACUCUGAAGCCUGCUCCGCCAACUUGGUAGUGACAUACUCGAGUGGCAGCGGUGAUAGCAUUCACACAACGGACGUUGGCGAGAACUCUUGCACUGCGGCUCACGGUGGCACAUCUGCCGCCGCACCCUUGGCCGCCGGUCUUUUUGCCCUCGUGCUCGAGAUCCGCCCUGACAUCUCGUGGAGAGAUAUGCAAUAUCUCGCCAUGAACACUGCCGUUCCUGUCAACGAAGAUGACGGGAGCUGGGAGACAACCGCCAUCGGAAAAAAGUUCAGUCACACCUUCGGCUACGGCAAGAUUGACGCCUACGGUCUUGUGGAGCUGGCUAAGACCUGGAAGAAUGUCAAGCCGCAGUCAUGGUUCUACUCUCCUUGGGUGCAUGUGAAGGAAGCGAUUCCACAAGGCGAUCAAGGCUUGGCCGUCGACGUCGAAGUGACAGCCGACAUGCUGAAGAAGGCCAAUCUGGAGCGCGUUGAGCAUGUCACGGUUACGAUGAACAUCGAUCACACGCGCCGAGGUGAUCUGUCCGUUGACCUGAUCAGCCCCAACAAGAUUGUCAGCCAUCUCUCCGUGCCCCGUCGGCUGGAUAACGAGGCUGCGGGUUACGAGGACUGGACUUUCAUGAGUGUUGUCCACUGGGGCGAAUCUGGUCUCGGUAAGUGGACAGUCAUUGUAAAGGAUACCAAGGUGAACGAACACAACGGCACCUGGACAGACUUUCACCUAAAACUCUGGGGCGAGUCCAUCGACCCCAAGCUCGCCAAGCCCCUUCCCCUGCCCACCGAGGAAGACGACGACGAUCACGACGUUAUUGCUACCACCACCGUUCCCCCAACGACCGUCACGCCUCCACCCGGACAGACCGCCCCGGCCGACGUCCCUACCACUACACCUUCAGACCACCCCGACCGGCCCAUUAACGCCAAGCCUACCGCUACCAGUUCGGGCACAGGCGAAGAAGUGCUCUCCCCCUCUGCUUCCCCCUCAGCCUCUGCCGAGGCCUCGUCCUGGCUGCCGGGCUUCCUGCCCACCUUCGGCGUAUCGCCUGCCACCCAGGCAUGGAUCUACGGCUCACUGGCGCUCAUUCUUGCCUUCUGCUGCGGACUGGGUAUCUACCUCUGGAUGGCCCGCCGCAAGCGCAUGCGCAACUCGCCGCGUGACGACUACGAGUUCGAGCUCCUCGAUGAAGAGGAGGCCGAGGGCCUUGCGUCGGGUGAGAAGAGCGCCAGGGGCGCAAAGGGCCGCAAGACUCGCGGUGGCGAGCUGUACGAUGCAUUUGCCGGUGGCAGCGAUGAGGAAGACGACGAAUUCGGCGGGAGUGGCGCUUACAGGGAUCAGGAUAACAGCCGCAGCGAGGGCAGCAGUGACGGUGCUGGCCGGGAGAAGCGGGCCCUGCGGGACGAUGACGAGGAGGAGCAGCAUGUGUUGGGCAGCGACAGCGAGGACGAUGAGGCUGACGAGAGGGAGAGGCUGCAAGGCGGUCGGCGUAUGUGA